CAGUUGAUAUACCCCAAUCCCACCCCCAGAAGAAGGGGGAGAACUCUGUCAUAUAGAGGUCUGCCUGGCUGAGCACUCCCAAUUCCUUCUGUUACACAGAUCAAAAAAAAAAAAAAAGAUUGUUUAUCUCAUCAUUCCCAGGGCACACUCCGCCUCCCAUGGGUACCCCCCCCCUCCUUGUGCUAGUUUUUCCAGCACCUCAAGGAUGCUUUGUGCAAGAAAGUGCAAGUUCCUCAUUCUGGCUGUUCCCAUUUGCAAGGCUCCUGGCUCCUCCCGCAUCCCCACCCCACCCCCCAACCCCCAAAAAGAGAGAGAGUGAGUGAGCUGGAGCAAAUGGCCCUGGCACUUCCCCCACGCCUGACCUGUGCUUUCUGGGAGGAGAACGGUGGUGGUGUUGGGAGCAGGCUGCUCUGACUCUGAGCCCAGGCUUCGCGUGCAGACUGCCCCUAGCCUCCAAACCCCAGCCUCCCCGCCACCUAGGAGCAGAAGCCUGCAGCCAGCGCUUCCAUUCAGCCCCAUUUGGUAUGCAGGAGCACAGCUGUGGAGUGUGGGGAGGUGGCUUGCUUAAGGAGGUUCAGCCGCUCCGGAGACGCCUCUUGACUAGUCUCCCAAGUUCCAAGGCAGCCCGGAUGGAAACUGCAGGUGUGGAGGUGGCCCUGGGCGGCCAGGGCUGCGGGGGGCUGUGGGUUUUGUGAAGAGUGCUCCGUGCUCCAGUGCACCAGCCCUGGUCCCCCCCCACUCCCCCGUGUGGAAUUUGGAAAGGGUCAUGAAUCAAACUGAUGCUCCGAGACCCCUGAACUGGACCAUCCGGAAGCUGUGCCACGCAGCCUUUCUCCCAUCUGUCAGACUUCUGAAGGCUCAGAAAUCCUGGAUAGAAAGAGCAUUUUAUAAAAGAGAAUGUGUUCACAUCAUACCCAGCACCAAAGACCCCCAUAGGUGUUGCUGUGGACGUCUGAUUGGCCAGCAUGUGGGCCUCACUCCCAGCAUCUCCGUCCUCCAGAAUGAGAAGAAUGAGAGCCGCCUCUCCCGAAAUGACAUCCAGUCUGAGAAGUGGUCCAUCAGCAAGCACACUCAGCUUAGCCCAACUGAUGCUUUUGGGACCAUUGAGUUCCAGGGAGGUGGCCACUCCAACAAAGCCAUGUAUGUGCGAGUAUCUUUUGACACGAAACCUGAUCUCCUUCUACACCUGAUGACCAAGGAAUGGCAAUUGGAACUUCCCAAGCUUCUCAUCUCUGUCCAUGGGGGCCUACAGAACUUUGAACUCCAGCCCAAACUCAAGCAAGUCUUUGGAAAAGGACUCAUCAAGGCAGCCAUGACAACUGGAGCAUGGAUAUUCACUGGAGGAGUGAACACAGGUGUCAUUCGCCAUGUUGGAGAUGCCUUGAAGGACCAUGCAUCUAAGUCUCGUGGGAAGAUCUGUACCAUAGGCAUUGCCCCUUGGGGAAUUGUGGAAAACCAAGAGGACCUGAUUGGAAGAGAUGUUGUCCGGCCGUACCAGACCAUGUCUAAUCCCAUGAGCAAGCUCACCGUUCUCAACAGCAUGCACUCUCACUUCAUCCUGGCUGACAACGGGACCACUGGGAAGUACGGGGCAGAGGUCAAGCUCCGGAGACAACUGGAGAAGCACAUCUCCCUCCAGAAGAUAAACACAAGAUGCCUGCCGUUUUUCUCUCUUGACUCCCGCUUGUUUUAUUCAUUUUGGGGUAGUUGCCAAUUAGACCCAAUUGGAUAUAAUGUUGCCAAUCCCGAGAUUCCAAAAGUUAAAGAGUGUGGAAUCGGGCAGGGUGUCCCAGUGGUGGCUCUCAUCGUGGAAGGCGGACCCAAUGUCAUCUCUAUCGUCUUGGAAUACCUUCGUGACACCCCUCCCGUGCCAGUCGUCAUCUGUGAUGGAAGUGGACGGGCAUCUGACAUCUUGGCAUUUGGGCACAAAUACUCAGAAGAAGGCGGGCUUAUAAAUGAAUCCUUGAGGGACCAGCUUCUGGUGACCAUUCAGAAGACUUUCACUUACACUCGAACCCAGGCUCAGCACUUGUUCAUCAUCCUCAUGGAGUGCAUGAAGAAGAAGGAAUUGAUUACGGUAUUUCGGAUGGGAUCAGAAGGACACCAGGACAUCGAUCUAGCUAUCCUGACAGCUUUGCUCAAAGGAGCCAACGCCUCAGCCCCAGACCAGCUGAGCUUAGCUUUGGCCUGGAACAGAGUGGACAUCGCUCGCAGCCAGAUCUUUAUUUAUGGGCAACAAUGGCCGGUAGGUUCUCUGGAACAAGCCAUGCUGGAUGCCCUAGUUCUGGACCGAGUGGAUUUUGUGAAAUUACUCAUAGAGAAUGGAGUAAGCAUGCACCGUUUUCUCACCAUCUCCAGACUAGAGGAAUUGUACAAUACGAGACAUGGGCCCUCAAACACACUGUACCACUUGGUCAGGGAUGUCAAAAAGCGAGAAUAUCCAGGUUUCGGUUGGAUCUAUUUUAAGGGGAACCUGCCCCCUGACUACCGAAUCAGCCUAAUUGAUAUCGGCCUGGUGAUCGAGUACCUGAUGGGCGGGGCCUACCGCUGCAACUACACGCGCAAGCGCUUCCGCACACUCUACCACAACCUCUUUGGCCCCAAGAGGCCCAAAGCUUUGAAACUGCUAGGAAUGGAGGAUGAUGUUCCUUUGAGGAGGGGAAGGAAGACAACCAAGAAACGUGAAGAAGAGGUGGACAUUGACUUGGAUGAUCCUGAGAUCAACCACUUCCCCUUCCCAUUCCACGAGCUGAUGGUGUGGGCCGUCUUGAUGAAGCGGCAGAAGAUGGCGCUGUUCUUCUGGCAGCAUGGCGAGGAGGCUAUGGCCAAGGCCCUGGUGGCUUGCAAGCUCUGCAAAGCCAUGGCACAUGAGGCCUCAGAGAAUGACAUGGUGGAUGACAUCUCCCAGGAGCUGAACCACAACUCCAGAGACUUUGGCCAGCUGGCUGUGGAGCUCCUGGACCAAUCCUACAAGCAGGACGAACAGCUGGCCAUGAAGCUGCUGACCUAUGAGCUGAAGAACUGGAGCAAUGCCACAUGCCUGCAGCUGGCAGUGGCGGCCAAGCACCGCGACUUCAUCGCACACACCUGCAGCCAGAUGCUGCUGACCGACAUGUGGAUGGGCCGCUUGCGCAUGCGCAAGAAUUCAGGCCUCAAGGUAAUUCUGGGAAUUCUACUUCCUCCUUCAAUUCUCAGCUUGGAGUUCAAGAACAAAGACGACAUGCCCUACAUGUCUCAGGCCCAGGAAAUCCAUCUCCAAGAGAAGGAGCCAGAAGAACCCGAGAAGCCCUCCAAAGAGAAAGACGAAGAGGACAUGGAACUGACAGCAAUGCUGGGCCGGAACAGUGGGGAGUCUUCCAGAAAGAAGGAUGAAGAGGAAGUUCAGAGCAGGCACCGGCUCAUCCCCCUGGGCAGAAAAAUCUACGAAUUCUACAAUGCACCUAUUGUGAAGUUCUGGUUCUACACACUGGCGUACAUCGGGUACCUGAUGCUCUUCAACUAUAUUGUGCUGGUGAAGAUGGAGCGCUGGCCCUCCACCCAGGAAUGGAUCGUCAUCUCCUACGUCUUCACCCUGGGCAUAGAGAAGAUGAGAGAGAUUCUGAUGUCAGAGCCAGGGAAACUGCUGCAGAAAGUGAAGGUGUGGCUCCAAGAGUACUGGAAUGUCACAGACCUCAUAGCCAUCCUGCUAUUCUCCGUGGGAAUGAUCCUCCGUCUCCAAGACCAGCCCUUUAGGAGUGACGGGAGGGUCAUCUACUGUGUGAACAUCAUCUACUGGUACAUCCGUCUCUUGGACAUCUUCGGCGUGAACAAGUAUCUGGGCCCAUACGUGAUGAUGAUUGGGAAAAUGAUGAUAGACAUGAUGUACUUCGUUAUCAUUAUGCUGGUGGUGCUGAUGAGUUUCGGAGUCGCCAGGCAGGCCAUUCUUUUUCCCAACGAAGAACCAUCAUGGAAAUUGGCCAAGAACAUCUUCUAUAUGCCCUACUGGAUGAUUUAUGGGGAAGUGUUUGCAGACCAGAUAGACCCUCCCUGUGGACAGAAUGAGACUCGAGAGGAUGGCAAAAUAAUCCAGCUGCCCCCCUGCAAGACUGGGGCCUGGAUCGUGCCUGCCAUAAUGGCCUGCUACCUGCUGGUGGCCAACAUCUUGCUGGUGAACCUCCUCAUUGCUGUCUUUAACAACACAUUUUUUGAGGUGAAGUCAAUAUCCAACCAGGUGUGGAAGUUCCAGAGGUACCAGCUCAUCAUGACUUUCCAUGAGAGGCCGGUACUCCCACCACCUCUCAUCAUCUUCAGUCACAUGACCAUGAUAUUUCAACACCUGUGCUGCCGAUGGAGGAAGCAUGAGAGUGACCCAGAUGAAAGGGACUAUGGCCUGAAACUCUUCAUAACCGAUGAAGAACUCAAGAAAGUGCAUGAUUUUGAAGAGCAGUGCAUAGAGGAGUAUUUCAGGGAAAAGGAUGAUCGAUUCAACUCAUCCAAUGAUGAGAGGAUCCGGGUAACUUCAGAAAGGGUGGAGAACAUGUCGAUGCGGCUGGAGGAGGUGAACGAGCGGGAGCACUGCAUGAAGGCAUCGCUGCAGACAGUGGACCUGCGGCUGGCACAGCUGGAGGAACUGGCGGGGCGCAUGGCAGCCGCCCUGGAGCGCCUGGCCGGGCUGGAGCGGGCAGAGUCAGGGCGUCCCCGCUCUCGGACCUCGUCGGACUGCACUGACGCCGCCUCGCUGGUGCGCCAGGGCAGCUUCCACAGCCAGGAGGGCAGCGCCUUCAAGCUCCAGGACAGCCUGGACCCGGCAGGUGAGGACUCCAUGUCCCCCACCUCUCCCACCCUGGCGCCCCGUGUGCGCAGUCACUCGUUCUAUGCAAUGGGUGUCCGAGACAGAGGUGGUGUAGACAAGCUGGAGAGUGUGUUGAAAGAAAGGUCCCUGAGCCUCCACCGGGCCACCAGUUCCCAUUCGGUAGCCAAGGAGCCCUUGCCAGCUCCUGGGGCCCCUGCCAGCACCCUGGUCGUGGCUCCCGACUCCAGGAGGCCAUCCUCCUGCAUCGACAUCUAUGUCUCAGCCAUGGACGCGCUGCAGGGGGACUUGGACCCCCUGGACAGUUCCCUCAACAUCCUGGGGCUGGGCGAGCCUGGCUUCUCUACCGCCCCUUCGAGCGGUGCCUAUGUCUCCCUGGCCCCCACCGACAGGGCCACCAGUCGUGGCCUUGACCUCGAGGACAUCACCUCCCUGGACACCAGGUCUCUCUCGUCAGAUUAUGCUCACCUCCCUGAGGGCCCAAACCCCUGGGACGCUGAGCCCCCCACCUACCAUGCCAUUGAGCGUUCCAAGAGCAGCCGCUACCUACCCGCCUCCACCUUCCUGCUGGACGAGGCUGCCCCCAUGGCCAAGUCCCAGAGCUUCAUGUUCUCCCCGUCCAGGAGCUACUACGCCAGUUUCGGGGUGCCUAUGAAGACUGCUGAGUACACCAGCAUCACCGACUGCAUUGACACACGCUGUGUAGGUGCCCCCCAGGCCAUGGCGGACAGAGCUGUCUUCCCCGGGGGGCUCCUGGGCAAAGGUGAUGACCCCAGCUGCUGUCACCCCGAGAGGGAAGCUGAACUGAGCCACCACCCUGGCUCUGACAGUGAGGACAAUGAGGCCAGAGGCCGGAGAGGCACUGUCAUUGUGGAGGUCCCUUGCCAGAGUAGUGACAGCUCAGACAGAGGCCUGUCCAACAACAUCCCAGUGCCCCAGAUCGAGCGUGCCAACAGCUACUCGGCCGAGGAGCCCAGUGCCCCGACAGCCCACACCAGGAAGAGCUUCUCCAUCAGCGACAGGCUCGACGGGCAACGGAACACCUCCAGCCUGCGAAACCCCUUCCAGAGAAGUAAGUCCCCCAAGCCAGAGGGCCGAGGGGACAGCCUGUCCAUGAGGAGACUGUCCAGAAUGUCCGCCUUCCACAGCUUCGAGAGCCAACACAACUAGAUCUUCUCAUCAGCCUUUCAGGAGGCGCCCGCAUCUAGCCCUCAUUGAGGGGGUCCCUGAACUUCCCACCCCACCCCUCUUCCCCACCACCCCCUGCCCUUUCUUCCACACAGACCUGCUUCAUUCUUAGCCAAGCAAAGCUAGCAAAUGCCUUGGGAAGUGUUCGCGCAAAGGGAGUUUUAGGGCACAGAUCAAUAGAGCAUUUGAUCUGACCUAAUGCCAAGCACAGGGUGGGUGGGUUAAGUCCUGUUCACACUGAUGGGCAGGGAGGAGAAGAGGGAGAAGAAGGGUAAGAGUCAUCCGAGUGUGUGUAGCUUGUCAUGACAGAAAGCCAUGAUCUGGGAAUAGAGAGGCAUCGAGCCCUUUCCUGCUAGGUGGCGUCUUUCACUGUCUGAUCUUAAGAGGCUGAGUUAAAGUUGAAAGAUAAAGUAGAAUAAGAUAGCCAGUGUGCACAUGAGAUAUCCUAAACUUCCAUUCUGUUUUCUUUUCGCAUUGGCUCCAUCACUGGUGACUGAUGAAGAGCAUCCUUUUUAUUCAGUAUAAGCCGGCAGCAAGCAGUUCUACCUAACGUCCCACAUCCUUCUCAUGCCAACACUUCUGUAAUUGAUCCUUAUAAAGAGAAAACAAGGUAACAGUCCUAGUUGACCUGUCUCUUUUCUAUUCACUUCUGGUGCCACAACUGUUCAUCAUUUUUGAAGAAAAUUAAGAGAAACAAAAUGACUUUUUUUUUUUGUAUUGCAAUCAAAAAGGAAAGUUGAAUCAAUGUGUUUUAAAAAAAUGUCAAGCAGGUUUAUUACAUUAACAGUGAGCAUUCAAAUCUGGUCGAGCAAGCUCAAGAUGAGUGUAAUGAAAUGUUUUGUACUUUUAAUGUAUCUUUUAUCUGACCUGCCCUCAAGCCACUCGCUGAGUACGUAAUAAUGGACUAAAAAAUAGACUAUGGGCAGAAACCACUUCUAAUUGCCACAUGGGGUAUGGUGACAGCCUCACCAGUCAUGUUGUGUGUUGUGCUGCUAUGUGAUCUCCAUUGUUUGCAUGCCUCCAACAUGUCCUCUGAGCAUCUCCAAGAUAUCACUGCCAGUUUUUCAUAGCACUCAACACAUGGCCCUUUUGUACCGUAACAACCUCGUAACAUGUGACUAUUUUCAUACCUAGAGGUUGGUUUUUGGUUUUUUUUUUUUUUCUUUUCAUUUAAUCUGGGCUCACCAUAAAUGUAACUGGAAUUUUUCAAGGGCUGGUCUCUUUUCUAUGGAAAUGUUCCAAAGCACUUUUUAAAGGGUUGCAAGCCCAUCGACACUAACCUUAGAAUUGACUGGGAGUUUGAUAUCAGUUCAGAGCCAUCAGUUGCAAGAAGACCAUGAAUAUUUUUCUUACUCAGAGCUAUAAAAAAGAUGAGAUAAAAGUAGAUAAAAAUAGAAAGUAAAUAAAUCACAACAAGAGUUCAUAGUAUCUGCUGCUUCUAUACAUACAUAUGUAUUUACACAGUGAGACAUGUUUAUAUAUAGUAUAUAAACAGACAUACAGACUUUUCUUAAGCAGCUUGGACUUUUCUAUCACCUUGAAAUAAAACCAGGAUUUUUUUUUUUUAAUAACCAAGGAGUUGACUGGAAAGAGUUAUAUAUUAUUUAGCACGUCAAAACUGAUUUUUUUAAAACUCUGUACUUUAGGGGUUAGCUUUCCCUUGUACCAAACUAGAGUUACCAACAUGACUCUCCACCUGCCUUCUGCCUCCCCCCAACCCCUUAUUUUUUUCUUUUUGUCUGAAAGCACCUGCUGUCAUGGCAUCUCAUUUGCUCUGGUUUCUCCUCAGCAAAUGAUUGUAGCACAUACAACCUGGGUAGACAUGCAAUAGUAACCAGACAGUGUUAGAUUCUAGACUAUAAGUAUAUGCUUCUACAUCCAGAACCUGAAUUUGAAGACUCUGGAGAAAGAAGUCUUUUUUAAUAGGAUUUUUUUUAACUUUAUGUGUUUUAUCUGAUAGAACAGAAAUAAAUUGAGAUGGGGGAGGUAGAAUGUGGCAAGACAGAGAGAUGCCUGCAGAUCCUGCUUCAAGUCCCCGGCUCCCCACCUGAGGGGGGGGUCACUUCACAAGUGGGGUAGCAGGUCUGCAGGUGUUUAUCUUUCUCUCCCCCUCUUUCUCUCCCCCUUCUCUCUCAAUUUCUCUCUGUCCUAUCCAACAACAACAACAACACAAUGAAAGACAUCUUUAAAAAAAAAGUAUGUAAUGUUCCAGUCCCCGAAUCCUAUAUGGUUCUUCUAUUUAGUUAUAGCUAUGAAUGCCAAAAUUUCUCAGUAUGUGCAAUCAAGAAAUUUAUGUGGACAAAGUAUCUAGCCAUUACCUAUUAAAAUAUCUUUCUUUUUGGGGAGAUAGCAUAAUGCUUAUGCAAAAAGAAAGAAAGAAAGAAAGAAAGAAAGAAAGAAAGAAAGAAAGAGAAAAAACAAUUUUCAUGCCAGAGGCACCAGAGAUCCCAAAUUCCUAGCACCAUCAUAAGCAAGAGCUGAGCAGUGCUUUGGGGGGUGGGGGGGAGAGAGAGAAGAAGAAAAGAAAAGAGAAUAGAAUAAAAAGAAAAGGAAAGAUUAAAUUGGAAAAAAAGAAUCCUCUGAACAAGCUUUAAUGGUAUACCAAUAGUGAUGAGGUUACAUUUAGAAAAAAAAAUAAAUAAAAAUCCCUUUUUGCUGCUUGGCAUUUAGGUGAAUCAAAAAUAAGCAAUUGGUCUCUUUUAUAUAAUUAUUCACAAGACAUACUUUUUACUGAACCUCUGGCAAACAUGGAUUGGAUCAAAGAAUCAGUUACCCUUGAACUUCCUUGACUCAUCAUUCUCUAUAAGGAUCUGAUGGAAACUCUAAGUCCUUUCCCAACAACAAAAAAAUUUACACAUUCUAAGUUGCAAUAUAAUUUUAAAGGCUUCAUGUAUGCCUGGUCCCCUGUUGACCAAUUAGGAAAAGAAACCAUGUUUGUUCACAAUCAGUACAGUUGUCAUAGGCACUUUACAUCUUGAGACCAUUUCUCUGUGAUUCUCAAGAAGGCCCUGUCUCUGCCCCAGUUUAAACCCAAGAUGUUAUUAUUGUUUGCUCCUUAGAUGAGAUUAUGUUAGUUUGAUAUACCUAUGUCUUAACAUUUGACAUUUUUUAAGUAUGAGCACACUUUCCAAGAGGGAGGGCUCUCUGAGAGUCUAUAGAAGCACCCAAGGAAGAGGAGUAGCCAUAAUUUUUUGACCACAGAAAAGCACAUCACACCACCUCCAGAGGCUCAUUGUGGACCAGAAUGAAAGUAGAAAAAGAAGUAAAGAGCAUGUGUAGUUCUAUUCAUCAUGAUUUCUGAAGAGAGCAGAACAGAACCUGAGACAUACAGCAUUUAAUUGUCCUGAGCUUGUGACUGCCUGGUUCUUUGUCCUGCAUGAAAGUGAAACUGAAACAUCUUGUAACAUGUGUGCAAUAUCCAUGCCAAAUUGAGAUGACUUCAAACACAAACCCCGCCCCUUUUGUGAGUCGCUUUUCGCUUCCUGUGCACGUACAUGUGUGUUCUGUUUCAAUCCAUUCCUUUCAAUUGUGGGCUCUCUGCGCACCCAUGAGGUGUUGAUUUUGUGGCCUUGUACAGUCAGUUUGUGGUCAGCUUAUUCAUCCCACCAUGUCCCUGAUCAAGGGAACAUUAAUUUCCUAUCUCAAUGGAUUAAGCAGCUCAAGAGCAGGAAAUUAUUGAGGAACAUAAAUAAAGUUAUAGAGAGCUCAAGGAAGUAAUAACUGGUUUUAUCAUCUGCUUCUAAGGUGCCAAUUUGUAUGCAUUAUUGUGUGCAAUGAUUUGUUCUAAAUUGCUUGUUCCCAUUGGAAAGAAUAAGAAAUUGAAGGAUGUUUUAUCAUGGAGAUUUCCUGAUUAACCUCUUACUUUAUACUUAUCACUAGACACUCCUUCCUUGAUGGAUUUGAGUGAGGAGGGAGAAAGCUUCAGAACAAGUGUCAUGGCUAGUGUGUAUAUCCCUCUAAGACAAAAGACAUACUCACGGUCAGAAGGCAGCACAUUAUAGAACUGGAUUUUCUUUUUCAAUCUAAGCUUCUAGAUCUAGGAUAUUACUUAGCACUUUGGAAACCUCUCCCACCCCUUUAAAAAUGUGUGUGUGUGUGUGCGUGUGCGUGUGCGUGUGCGUGUGUGCGUGUGUGUGUGUGUGUAAGAAUAAUCAGAUGGGGAAAAUGUACUUGUAAAAAACACAAAUUGUGUUUCUUUUGAAUGUCUCAAAUGUAUUCUAAAAGAUGGUUUCUAUAGAUAACAUUGUGGUAGGUAACUGGAUAGUACAUUUAUUCUACUUUCUGAGGCUGUACAGUCUAAUCUGGAAUGCUUGGGCUGCUUAACUUCCUUAAUGAUAAUAAAUAUUAUCCAGUCAUCCAUCAUAGUAUAUCUAUAGGCUAUACCAUUCAGUAUGUUGGGCAAUGCUGUAUUAUAGAACACAUGUAAACAUAUAUGUAACUUAUGUUUAACCCAGCAUAGCUGUAGCAUGUGGUUGUAUUAAUGAACGUUACAGGCCAGCUUUAUAAUCACUAACAAAUCUGUAACAUUCAAUAAAAAAGCACAUGUUGCAAGGAUUGAUGAUGUUCCUAAUCUUGUAAAAUGGGAAUUUUGUUCCAGAUCUGCUUUUUUGUUUCUCACAUUCCUCUAGACCACUGUAAGCUAUUUGUGUAUGUAAGCUGAUACAUAUCCUCUCCUCAGCCCUGAGAACUAUGAUAGGCAAGUUGUGGUUUUGAGAAAGAAAACCUGGUGUGUUAAUGCAAAGAGACUAAUGACAAAUGAACUUUAAAUAUAUAUAUAUUUUAAACUCCAGUUGAGGUAGCUGUUUGUUUACAUCUGCUGACCCAAUGCAAAAGCAGUGUACAGUAUUUUAUAUUUAUUUAGUAAUACUGAUAAGUUUGCUCCUAAAUCAAGUGAUUCUAGUGUGUAGGUGGUUCUCAAUAUUGCAUUAUAAACUCACUACUCUUUAACAGUAGCAAUGUGACUUAAAUGAAGAAAUCUCUUUUUGAAUUCAGAUUUAAUUCUGUGGCAACAAAAUGCAUGCAUGGCCUUAUGCAUUUAUUUUGAUUUUUUUUCUUUUUAAGGCACUUAACAUUUUACUAUUGCCUGCUGUAACACCUGAACCUAUUAGGAAGUCACUUGUUACACUGUCUGAAGAUUAUGUUAAAGUUUUAAUAAUUAAAAGCAAACACAACCAAGGUUUUUUUUUUUAAGUCUUUUUUAACAUUCUGAACAAAUCAGAUGAAACAAAGUAUUAACCACAGGGGAUACAGCUAUGGGACUCAGAGAUGACUAAGCCACCACCAGCUGGGUUUACCAAGGUCUAGGUGUUAGUGUAUCUGUGAUGUGUGAAAGACUUGUUUCUUAUUCUUCAGGGCCACUGGGUGCAAGUUGCUAAACCAUAGAUGGGGGUGGGGGGGAGAAUCCACUCAUGACUAUGCCCAUGUCCUCACAAAUCAUUAAGAACAAUAGGCCCAAGGACUCAUGUCACUUUCCCACCACCUUGUGGCUAUUCUCACCUUGUAAGGGUGGGCUGUGGGAAUGCAAGAGAUAGAUCAGGGGUAUCUAACAAGCUCUGGGUGGCUCUGAAGGAUAUUUCCUUUCAAGAAGCCAGCAUCCUUAGAAGCCCAUUUAGCAUCUGGGAAAAAAAAAACAAGUCCAUUUGUGAUCUUGUUGAUAACUACUCUUCCACUAAGGAGAGAAAACUUUGUCCUCAGACUGCAUGGACCUCAGCAUUCUUUGUUUUGUAAGUCAAACAUUUUAUUUCUCACAUGUGAGUCCACCAAAGGAGGGGUUGAAUCUAGUGUAAGGUAAACAGAUCUUUUUCUUUUCUUCUCUUCUUUACUCUUCUCUUCUCCUUUCAGUGUGUUUAAGAAAGUAGUGUGGCACCUUCCUACUGAUAAACUCCUUGCAAUGUUACUGCUAAUGAAGUCAAGAUAGAACAAUAUCUAUGUGUCAUAUAAGAGAAGAUUUGUUUUUUGUUUUCCAUAGCACUUCUCAGCUCAUACUUAUCAUGGUCCCGGGGAUUGAACCUAGGACAUUAGUACCUCCCGCACGAAAGCCUUUUUUGCAUAAUCAUUAUGCUAUCUCCUCAGCCCAAGAGAGCGUCUUGGUAGCCAAGUAAUCGAGAUGGCAAUAAGGGUAAGGUGAAUUUUCACUCCCCCAAAUCAAUUAGCCUAUCGGCUUCCUUACGCCUUAAGACAAUUGCUUAUUUGCACAAGGUCUAUGUGCUGCAAAGUGAAAAGGACAUGCAUGGCCAGAAGUCUAUAGGCUUUCUGAAGAGUGUCAAGACCAACCUUGGCCCAGGCCCCCCUUUCAAGCAGGCAGGCUGCUGAGGGCUGUGAGAUACAGAAGGGAAUUCAGCCUUAUGCUUGGAGAUGCAACUUGUGCGACUCUUCACCCCUUCAACUUCCUUUCUCUUAACCCAGCACAAGAUAGUCUCUUGCCAGACCACUAAACCCUGGCUCCCAUUACAUCAACAUCCUGUGAGCCCUGGGCACAGUUAAGCUGAAAAGGUGGUGACUUGGAAAAAGUCAAACCUUUAGACAGUGUCCUGGUCCUCAUCUUCCCUCUAAAUGAGGCCCCUGAUCCAUCCUCAUCCCAACACUACACUGUGCUCCUAACUUCACUGUUGUUUUUCUGGACCUCAUGCCAUUCUUUCUCUGAAUCUGGAAAGAGCCCCUCCCAUCUUCACUCCAGCUUUUCUCAUAUCAUCAAAACCAUCCAGCCACAUUUAGAAUUGGGGUGGGAUAGUGGGGGAUGGCAAACCCAAAGACAUAGAAGGACUCAGAACACAAAUGCAUCUGUUGGAGUAGUAAGACAACAGGAAGAAUGAGGGUGUUAGGACAUCAGAGGACGUGUAUCCUACUACAGAAAUACUCCCAUGCAAAACUGCAAACACUGUGCUAGCCAAACUACCUGUAUCCGCUGGCAACAUCCAGUCUUAAAGGCAAUAGUCUGGGGACUCUGGAUUUUGAGUCAACCAGAAUCUUAAUGCUUGAUUUUACGUUAGUGAAUGUAGACAAAAUGCACUGGGUACUGAGGUCGGGGUGGGUGGGGUGGGCGGGGAAGCACAUGCCCUCUGCAGGGUCCGUCCUGUUCUCCUGAAUGAUAUAUGCAUGUAUGUUUGCUCGCCGCAUUCUGGGUCCAAAUGCAGGCACUUUGUGAGGGAGAUUCAGAAGAAGAGUACCGUAGCAUGGUGUCAAGGCUUAUCUGCUUCCUGUCACUGCAACAGCCAACUCGAGUUUAUCCUGCAGCUCCUGCUGUACAUCACAAUGCUGCAGGACACCGUGUUCACAGCCAUUUCAUAACGUAGAAUUUAGACUCUCAUUUGUAUACAUUCUAACCACAGUUUAUAAAGGGGAGGCUAUUCAACUAUCAUUUUUAACUGAAUUCCUAUAAAAUAGGACAAUUUUGCAACUGGAUUUGUUAAAUAUAUAUACAUAUCUUCUUCUUUGUGUAUGGGUAGAAGGCAGUUUGCAUAUCUAUCAGCACUAUAAAUAUAUGUAAAUCCUCAGAGGAAUUGUUCUUUUUUCUUAAAGGCCUAUUAUUGGAUUCACGAUGCACUUUGAGCUUGUUUGUUUAGAUAUAUAAUUCGAAGCAGAAGCUGGCAGAUACCAUGGGAAAAACUUUCUGAAAUUUCUGUAACAAAUGUUUUGCAAUAAAAGAAAAAAAAAAAACCUCAGUAGUUCAAAACAUGA